AUGACACGAACCAUCGAUCGAGAUGCUAUCCCGGGCACCUUCACCCUCAUAGAUGAGAGCCACGUCCUCUCAACCCGCCACCUCGACUCGGGAGACCGCGACAUCGUUCUCGUCCCCGAGCCAUCCAACGACCCAGACGAUCCACUGAACUGGUCGCCACGGCGGAAACUAUUGUCUACAACUUGCGUUAGCAUAUAUACUCUAUUUGCUGGAAUUGCUUGCGCAAAUGUCUACUCGGUCCUGACCCAGUUGUCUGAAGAGACUGGGGUCUCGGUUAGCACGCUGAAUGAGGGAACGGGGUACAUGUUCUUGCUGGCGGGUUGGGGUUUGCUGUUCUGGCAGCCUUUGGCUUUGCAGUAUGGGAAGCGGAUGACUUAUUUGCUGUCGCUUGCGGGUAUGGUGGGAACUAGUGUCUGGGGCCCAUAUGUAAAGAGCAACGGAGAAUGGAUCGCUAGAAGUGUCGUGAUGGGCUUCUUCCUGGCUCCCAUUGAGGCUCUUCCGGAGGUGUCUGUCACUGAUGUGUACUUCACGCACGAGCGAGGAACAUACAUGGGUCUGUACGCCUUCUUCCUAGCCGGCAGCAACUACUUCGCACCCGUUAUAUGCGGCUUUAUCGCAGAAUACCACGGUUGGCAAUGGGUGUUCUACUGGCCGGCCAUCUUCUGCGGCGCGUCUAUGUUAGUCCUCUUUUUCCUCAUGGAGGAGACGAAUUAUGCAAGGAAGAGCCCUAGCAUGUCUGAUCCUGCUGUAGCUGUGCCUUCGUCGACCGCAACGGAAGACAAAAGAAAUGAGAAAGCCCCGAUGCCAUCAACGCCUUCGAGCCGGAGCCACAGUGACCCGGAAGUAGGAGUGGUGUAUAACAAGAAGACAUAUAUGCAGAAGCUCUCCAUCUUAGGACCUCGCCAGGCGAGAAAUAACAUGUUUCGCCGUUCCUGGCAGACGGUGUAUUAUCUGAGUUGGCCGGUGGUAUUUUACGCAGGGUUCUCGUACGGAUCGUACCUAAUUUGGUUCAAUGUCUUGAACGGCACUGCAUCGUUGAUAUUGGGUUCGGCGCCGUACAACUUCAGUUCAUCAAUGGUCGGUCUCAGCUAUCUAGCCUGCUGCCUGGGCGUUAUUCUCGGUUCCCUCUUUACCGGCCGCUUCAGCGACUACCUAACCCUAAAACUCGCCCGCCGCAACGCCGGUGUCAUGGAAGCCGAGCACCGGUUAUACCCCUUCGCCCUAUGCCUGCUCCUCGUUCCAGCAUCCCUAAUCCUAUGGGGGGUCGGCGCCGCACACGGCAUCCAUUGGUUCGGGCUACUAGUUGCUAUGUGCCUGCUAGCGCUCACAAACACGGCGGGCAUCACGCUGAGCGUGAACUACCUCGUUGACAGCUACCGCGAGCUCAGCGGGGAUGCGAUGGCGACAGUUAUACUGGUACGGAAUACCAUGUCUUUUGCCAUGGGGUAUGGGAUUACGCCCUGGGUGGAAGGACUGGGGUAUCAGGAUUGUUUUGUCUCCGCGGCGUUUGUGGGGUUGGCUUGCUCUGCUGUUUUCCUGGUCAUGGUUAGGUGGGGUAAGGGGUUUAGGGUUAGGAGCCGCGAGAGAUAUUGGAAGGUUGUGCAGGGGAACUGGGAGAGAGGAAUGGGUGGGGGACAUUAG